AACGUACGUGAGAUCAAAUACGACGAAACUCAUAAAUAGACGCGUUCUUGCGCAAAGCGGAGCAACGAGAGAGCCAAGUUAAAUAGGGAGAAAAAACAGAAGAAAAAGAAAGAGGAAGGAAGAACGCGGGGCAGAGAGAGAAAGUGAGAGAGGGUUUGUACCCCUUUUUGAACGCCGGCCAAUUAGGCUUCCGAGCAGCAGUGCACCAGGGCGCAUUGCACGGCGAUAGGAUGAUCGAGUGGUUCGAUGGUAUCGCCGCUCGCGUGCCAAGAUCAUGGUCAGGACACUCGAUAGUCCGAUAAGUAAUGCACCCAGAUAGGAUGACAGAGGGUACACGUUGAAAAGGAGAGGGAGAACGAUUCAAGAAGAAAGAGAGAAGUCGGCGAAAGCGGAGGAACGGAGAAGGAGGAGAAACUCCUCUGGAAGCACGAACGAUCUUAUCGCAGUGAGGUACCUGGCUCGGCAAUGAGCGUCCACUACCAAACGAAUGGAACGUGGUCGUUGGCUCUUGCGUGCAAGAACAACAAAAAUCGGAUCGCGCAUCGGCCCGCGUGCCCCGACAAACACUUUUUAACGAUAUCGCUCGCCAAGAAGUACGCGACUGCACGACUACGAAAUUCAUUUACUCGGAGAACGUCGAGCUGCCCCCGAGCGAACGAGGCAUUCGAGACGGACUUUCCUUUUCCCUCGACUACGAUUCCGAUUCCCGCAUGAUCGGACGUCUCGUUCGACCUCCGAUCGCUACGACUCGCUACGACUAAAGACUAUCGUGGCGCGUGGAAUCGCGCGAGUUUCGUUGAAUCACCGUUAUCUUCUUAGGCGGACGAAUGACGAGCGGACAAACGGCAGAGUACCGUACGAGAUAAAACAGGAAAACCGAUACGAUAGUUAGAGAGGUUCGCGCUCGCCGACGUUUCUCGUUUCUCGUUCGAUCGCGAAGCGGCGCGUUCCCGUUUAUCGCGGACGAACAUGAAUUCUAAUUAGACAGAGGUAAAUCGCGGCACGAGCAUCGUCAAACGAGUUCCAUGCGUUUCGAUCCGCGUUUCUGGCGAUCCUCUGGAGACCCCGACCGAGUACGCUUUGAUUCAGGAUGUCGUUUGAUCUUCGACCACGUGGCACGUUGGGGUAACUAUGCCGGAGCAACGUGAACGGGGUCGUUGCGACUAAUUGCCAGCUCAGCGACCACGUCCGUGAAAUCGGCUCUUCGACCGACACGAUCGAACCGAAGGAACGAUAGAGGAAAAAGGACAAAGGACUGGUCAAAGGUGGAACGGAGGGGAACGGAAACGUGGAUCCAAGGGGGAGUCGAGAGUUCCCUCACUUCAUCCCUUGUAAUCGCGAAACCGAGACGAAUGUUCGUUCGUCGACCGUUCUAUCGAAAGCCUGGCUAAUUGGCUGCGAACGAUUGCCUGCGAGCGAAGAAGAGACGCGAUGGCCAGCCGAGCCGGUAAAAGUAGGUGAAACGUAGGAGUCCGCGCGUCGUCGAUUCCCUUUCAUUUGGAUACGGGGUGCACGGACGAUGCACGAGCGGAUUUCGCUUCCGUCGAGGAAGUAACUAGAAGUAUUUUAGCGACGAAGGAACGGCGCAACCCCAGCGCGCGAUUCAGCGGAAUGUGCGCGCGCGUAACAAAAUUGCACGGAAACGAGCGAAGAACGGGAGGGAAACAAACGGCAGGGUUGAGUAGGCGGAAAGCGGAGUCGGGGAACGAGAUAAACCUCAAUUAUGCCGAUUGAGCAUCCUCCAAGGGAUGCCAGGUAGGGGAAGUUCGCUCCUCCUACUUUUCCUGCCACGUGAUCAAGGGCAACCUCCCUUUCUUCUUUCCUUCCUUCCUUCCUUCCUUCCUUCCUUCCGUCCUGUCUUCCGCUCUUUCUCCUUCUUCUUCCUUCCUCUUGGCAAAGGAGGAACAGAAGUGUGGCGUUCGGUCGUUGGAGCGCGCGUAAUUCCCAACGAACGUUCGCAGAUGAAUCGUCGCAGCGGACACGGUUGUGAAUCAUCAUCGCGAAGGAACGACUUUAACGAUCGAUUUCGCGAACCAACGACGUUUCACGGAUGUGGCGGCGGUGUGAGAAAGAGAGGAAGUGGCAAGGUGUAAAACAAUCGGAUCGUCGACGCGAAAUACCUGUUGGUCCGCGAAGAGGCGUUUUCAGGCAAUCGUUCGAGAAAGAGGGAAAGAGGGCAAGAGAGAGGGCAGUGGGAGGAAGAGGAACGAAGAGAGAAGAGAGACGUAAAGAGAAUCGGAGGGAAAAGGAUGGUCGAAAGUGGGAGGAAAGAGAGGGAGAUGCAGAAGCAGCCUACGGGCUCUCCUCCGUUUGACCAUCUCAUUCUAUUUCUUUCUCAGGUUCUCCGUCCAUCUCUGGUUCGUUCUGCGCUCCGUCUCGGUUCGUCUCUGUCGAUGUCGGUCCCUCGGUCUCGCGCGUCUUUCCAUCUCCGUUGGUAGUUUCACUUGCGAUCGUGCGUCCUCGUCUCUCGGUUUGAAUCUCAGGGUGGUGGCCGACGGUAGUGGUGGUCGUGUCUAGAUGGUGGUGGUUAUGGUGGGGGGGUAGUUGGUUUCUUCGUGCCUACCGCUCCCUAUCUCUCCUUUCUCUCCCUAUGGGAGGGCGAGGAGGGCCCCCGUAGCCGCGCACUGCGCACCGAGUUCAUCAUAGACAGACCGAUCUCCCUGACAGCUCCUCGUCGGGCUUGAACGGAGGUGGAAUCAUCAGAUUCUGUCCAUCUCUUCUUUGGCUCGCAGUAGCGUGUCGGGAUAACGAACGCAGGAACACAGGGACAACGAAAGUGCGUGGUCCUGCGUGGUCUCUUUCUCGCGAAUCUUCGGCCAUCGCGCUCGCUAUCGCGGUCCGGUCUCGGUUUAUCGAGCAGCCCUUCUCCCUCUCUUCGAUCUCCAAGGUUUCACCCUUCGUUACUCCUUUCCAUCGACGCUCUUCUUCCCUUCCUCUCCUUCUUCGCCGUGUUCGCGCGGACCCCACGUUUCUUUUUUUCCACUUCCUUUUUAUCGCAUACCACGUCCUUCCGUUCUUUCCACCCCUUCUCGUUUCUCUUUUUCUCGGCUCCUCUCGACCUCGCCACUCUUUUCCGCGUUAAUCCGCGCGCCGGUGACCGUUUCUCCGAUUCCAAGCGACACCGUCGUCGAAGCAACGUUCCUUCGCCUCGGAACAUACCAACGCGACGGCCGAUCGUUGGACGACACGCGCGCGCUCGGUCGUCGUCGUCGUCGUCGUUGCCAUCGUUGUCAUCGUCGUCGUUGUCAUCGUUGUCAUCGUUGUCAUCAUCGUCGUCGUCGUCGUCGCCGCCGCCGCAUAACGCGACCACGGGAAGUUUGCUAUUCGACUGUUUACACGGACGAAACGAUAGCCACGGUGGUACGCGCGCGAGUAAGAGAAAGAGAGAACGAACCAGACCAACGGUGGAAGAGGAAAGCAAGCCGAAGGAGGGGGAUGUGUGCGUGGGAGGAGAAAGAGAUCCCGGAGGGCGACUUUUCUUUUAUUUGAGCUUGACACUUCGCCGUGAACGCGCGCACACACCGGAAGUACCGAACCGCCGUCGGUCUUCUUCUUUUUCUUCGGCACGUUUGCGCGUCCGGUCCACGCCUCGACAACACCGAGCCCGAAUCGAGAAAUCAGACACAAUAUCUCGAAGAAACGCGGAUCCGCAUAACAGAACUAGUACUCGACGUUGUGGAGGGUGCGAGCAUCACUGACAGGAUGCCACGAUACGUGAGAGCGAGCGCGGCGAACAAGGGUGUCGCGACGGGCGUUUUCGUCGUCGGCCGAGGAUAAACGGUUCUUCGUCGUUCUUCCUUCGGAUCCGGAAGUGUCCUCUCGUUUCGUGGGAUGUGAAAUAUCCACGGGGCUAGAUCGAUCGCGGAAAAGGGAGUUACGCUAACAUGUUUAAUCUCGACGACGUAUCGGUGCCACGUUCGCGACGAUCGCAACAGCAGUGUCAGUGAAGUACGAGAACGAGAACUCGUCGAAGCGACUCGGAAGACGAAACAGACAAGGUAUUUUCGUGUUUCGAUCGAUACCAACAGUAUUUUUUCUCCAAAGACAAGAAAGAAGAAGCAACGACGUUCGUAGACCAAAGGUGAUCGACUAUCGUACCUCGAGAAUCAGCGAAAACUACUUCCGGUAGCGGAGAAACCAAGGAACGGGAAAGAGAGGAGAAGGAAAAGAAAGGACGAAGAGAACGGGGUGAAAAUCUACGGUGGUCGGUCGACGAACCGUUCGAUCGUCAUCGAGGAUAUUGUCCCGGGGUAGUUUUCGGAGCGACCCCUCGAAGCGGCGAAGCUGGAAGCUCUCGAAUCGUACGGAACGUCAAAGCAGAAGCGCCGGUGCCCGGGGCGAGGAGGAGUCCUCGACGCGUGCCAGGCUGCUGAUCACAGGCACCGCGCCAGAGACGGGAGACGAAGAGUAGGAGAGGGAUUCGAAAAAAAAAACCGUACAGAAACAGAGGAAAAGAAAGAAAGAGAGACGGCAUCGUCGUCUCUCGAGCGAGGGGUUCUUCCGUUCGGGUGCUAGGGGUGUGCAGCCUUGGACGAGGGGUCGCACUCGACUCUUUUAAAGUGGGCAAACCGCGCAAAGAAUAAGAGACGUCCUCGGGGCGAUGACAGGAUGCCUCCUUCUCGAUCAGGACGCGUCUACGAAGGACCACCGUCUAGGAUCGCCAUUAGAAUCGGACCCACCAUUGCCCUGUUGCUGAUUCUCUUCGAGAAUCGUCGCGCAACCUGCUUAAUGAGCAACUCCGUAGACGAUUGGGUGAGCGGCGAUGCCGUCGUCUGCAACGGUAUUCCAGGAGUGACGAAGGAGCAACGCGAGCUAUGCAACAGAAAUCCGGACGUGACGGUGGCUGCGAUCAAAGGGCUGCAAAUGGCGAUAGACGAGUGUCAGCAUCAGUUCAUGUGGCAUAGGUGGAACUGUUCGACCCUGACGCCUAGAAUCCGAACACAGCAGAGCAGCGUACUCUUUCAGAGAGGUUACAGGGAAACCGCGUUCGCGUUCGCAAUUUCCGCAGCUGGGGUGGCGCACAGCGUGGCCCGCGCGUGCAGCAUGGGACGGUUGCUCUCCUGCGGAUGCGACCCGUCGAGCUACAAGGGUAAGCCGCCUGCCAAGGCCAGGGGCACCCAAUGGAAGUGGGGCGGCUGCUCUCACAACCUCGACUACGGCAUGGAGUUCUCGAGACAGUUCCUAGAUACGCGCGAGAGGGCCGGGGAUAUACAGUCGAUGGUCAAUCUCCACAACAAUCAAGCUGGCCGCUUGGCGGUGGCGAGCAAUAUGCAAGUGCGCUGUAAAUGCCACGGUAUGUCUGGUUCCUGCGAGCUCAAGACCUGCUGGAAAGUGGCGCCGGACUUCCGAAUAGUCGGGAAAACGCUCAAGGAUCGCUUUCGAAACGCCGUAUUAGUCGCGCAGAGCAACGACUUGGGAAGCGUGACCUCUUUGACCAGAGUGAGAGGAUCGCGAAGGAGGAGGCCGGAUCGCCAGAGGCAGAGGAAACAUCGCGGAGGAUCGGGCGGCGGUGGCGGCGGCGGCGGCGGCGGAAACGGAGCAGGACGUAAGAGAAGACCGCGAGAUCUAGCCAAGCAGCUAUUUUACUACCAAAAGUCUCCAAACUUUUGCGAGAGGGAUCCAAGCGCGGACAUCCCAGGCACCGCGGGUCGGACCUGCAACAAGACCAGUUCCGGUGGAGACGGAUGCAGCAGCCUGUGUUGCGGCAGAGGUUACAACGUCGUGAGACAACGACGCGUCGAAAAAUGCAGAUGCAAGUUUCACUGGUGUUGCUUCGUGCAAUGUCAGAACUGUACCGUCGAGGAAUGGAUCACCGUUUGCAAGUGAACGAACGUUGGCAUCUAUCUUGCUCUAUCGAUGAUCGAAGCUUGGACCGGAUCAAACUACCAACGGAUUCAAUUCCGGAUUCAAUCUUAUUACAACUUUGAUCGUUGUCUCGUCGUUAAAAAUCUCUCUGUUUCUUUGUAGCAGACACCGAAGAGAACGAAUUUACGAGUUGAUUCGCUUUUGAGACGCGCUUUCAAGUCAAACGUAAAAACGCGACUCGCGAUGCAGAACGGCCGCGGUACGAAGAUCAGCCGUAACAGACCAAUUCGACACCGAUCCAGUGACUGUACUUUAUUCACGCUUAGUAUACUAUCGAGACGCGUCGCUUUAACGCCAAGAAUUACGUCGGAGUGUUGGUGGUAAAGACAACGGAAUAAUUGUUCUUAAUCGCGCGAAAAAUGUAAUUUAAUCGGUAGAUUAAGCGGGCCAAUAAUUUAUUUAUAACGUUGCCUCUAUUUAAUUAGUAGAUAAUUUGAAUAUCCACAGCAACUGUAACACCUCCGUCACAGUAUUAUUAGAAGAAGCAAUGUGCGUGUGUAAGAUUUGGAAUGGAUGCGAUUGUAUACAAUUUAAUAAUGCGCGUACAAUAAAGA